UCUGUCUUUUCUUCUUUCUAAUCUGCAUUCACACUCAUUCUCCACCUACCUGAAAGGGGCUUCAGCUAGAUACACUCCACCACAAUUCAUGCAACAUUGCCUCUCGUUUCUGUCACUCCCACACACACACACACACACACACAUUUCAUACCUCAUACCUCAAAUGACAUUUUACCGCCCUUCGUAUUUUCUCUCAAACUUAAUCUCCUGCUCACAACUCGGAUCCUGAAUGUAAAGUUGCUGAUGGAUUUCCUUCACAUGAUAACUUCUGUACUGCUUUGAAAGUAUCUGCAGCGUGACUGCAAACUUCUGUCCGUAAUUGUGACACCAAGGCACUGGGAUUUCUUCUACUCAACAGGGAAUUUUCUAAGGAGGCAUGUCUGACAAUAUCGACUAUCAUACAUCCACAAAGACUGUGUUGCUUCUUCUUUCCCUUCUGGUAGUCUUAAUUGCAUUGCUCAUCUUCUUUUACAAGAAGUUGAACAAGGAGAACAAUGGAGACUAUACCAUCCGUCACAUUGUGACAAAGGAAGGAGGGCUCAGGGACCAGGUGAGAGGUGCAGCUACUUUCCUGGGGACACGCCUCGGGGUCCAGCGGAGUCCUAGCUACAAUUCAGAACAGGAUGAAGAGGAAAUGCAAGAUGAGGAGCAACACAGUAGCCAGCACAGUAGCCAGAGGAAUGACAGCGAUGAUGACGAGCAAGAUGAGGAAGAUGAUGAGGAGCAACCUGGUGAGAGAAAGCGAAAAGGAGGUAGCACCUCAGAUGACGACUCAAGUCAUAUUGGUUCAGAUCUGGAGGAGGAAAUCAGUCUAAUGGGUCAGUCAGAAGCCACGGGAGGAGAUGAAGAUGGUAAAGGGGAAGCAAGCGCAGGAGGUGGGUUGCUGAUAAACCUUAGUCAGUUGUCAGGAAGUGCCAUCUGGUCUGAUGACAAGGGAGACGAAGUCAAGGUCUGUGAUGUGACUGCAUUGUGAGAACAGGAUUUGAAAAAUUGAAAUACAAGGGAGGUUUAGGAAAUGCUCUUAAUCAGGAUUUAAGAAAUACUGGGGUCAUUAAAUCCAGGCCUCUCAGUUCUGCUUUUACACAAAGGUCUAAAUGCUCUUUUAAUGCCCUCAGGAAUAAAAUGCUGAAUGCUUAGUUUAUCUAUUUUUCUUGCAAGUCAGUUUUUAAGAUCUGGCAUGUUUCACAAUAUAGAUAGAUACCCUGUCUUGAAUAAUAAUUCAUAUCUAAUAGAGUUUCCUCACAAAAAAAGUUGUAUUACCUAAUUUAAAUAUUUACAAUGAAAUAUUUUCCUUCUUCCUCAUUCAAAAAAACAAGAAUCUAUAAACAUGCAAAUUAAUUUCGAAGGUUUUAUUACUGGAUGUCUUCUACUCCACUGUAAGCAGUGUAACGAGCACUGAUGACCUCAUGUUUCCGGAUUACUAUUCUGUGAGUUUGCAUAGGCUAUUGAACCUCAACUGGCUUCAAACCAGUUAUGAUGUCAUACACGGUAUUCGUAAUUACGCGGCUUUAAUUGACAUUUAAAGUGAGCGCAGAGAAACUUUCCACUUUCAGCAGAUGAAUGUGAAAACGUCUUCCAGUAUUUGUGUAAAUGUAUUGAUUUUUUUUCUGUAUGGUCAAGCUCAAACAUCCAUGUGAAGCAAUAAUAAGAAAAAUGUGUGU